AUGGUCAAAGUAGGCCAACUCGUUAGGCUCGAGGAGCUCAUAAGGGCCGUCGCACUCUUUCGCAACCUCACGCACCUGCAUCUAGCCAACGAGAGCGUGCAGAUCCUCACCGACGACUUCCUGGUUCACCUUGCCUCGUGGUGCCCCAAACUCAAAGGGGUGCACUUUGCGCCAGAGAGUCCAUGCUACUUUUGGAGACGCGAAGAGUGGAAGGACAGAUUUUUGGUGACUGCGCCUGGGCUGGACUCCUUCUUCCGUGGCUGCCCGCAGCUGGAGCAGCUGACCCUUCCUCGUUCAGAGCAUGGCUACAGUCUACCAGCGUCGUUCUUUCAGCUCCCGAAUCCGCGCUUUCUUUUUCUCUCCGACGCCUCUGUGCUGUUGGAUCCCAGGCUGGCGCAUCUCUCUAACCUCUCAAUGCUCACCAUUCGGAGCAAGUUCUUAGGUGUGGACCACCUCUUAGCUCUCACUCAGCUCACCGCCCUCACCAGACUAUCCUCCUAUCGUACUGACAUUAGCUUCAAAAUCAACGGAUCGUCCUCCUCGUUCGCGCUCCUAUCGUCCCUCCGAUCUCUCCAAUUUGGGGAGCUGCCCGCCCUGAAGGUAUUGGAGCUUGAGGACCUGCCACUCACAGUUCUCCCAGAAUCCUUCAGCCAGCUCGCGUCUUUGGAGUCCUUCCACGUGGUUCGAUGCAAGAUCCGGCAGCUGCCAUCUGGAAUCACUACUCUCCCCUCACUCAAGUCGUUGCGCCUGGAGGGUCGCAAGGGGCGUGUCUCUGAGGCAUGCGAGAAGCAGCAGGGCGUGGUUGGUGCGGACAGUGCUGCCCGUGAGGGGAAGACGCAAGACGAGUCAAUGGCUCGUGAGAAUGGGACGGAGACAGUGGGUGGAGAGGGGGGGCAAGGAGUGGAAGAAUUCUUGGGGCAAGGGGCAGGGGGAGGGGAGGAGAGAAGAACGGGAGAGGCGGCGGCGAGGGGGCAAGGAGAAAGCGUGGCACAGGCAUCAGCGGCAGCAGCUGCUGGAGGAGGUCGCUCGGAUAUAGUGCGCAACAAGCAGACCUCACAGUUCGACACCUCAGCGAGAGUGGCAGUGGACGUACCAGGAGUAACCGCUCCUGCUGCCGAGACGAUCGCCGAGGCACUAGCUUCUGAAAUGGCAGGCGAUGUGGCAAUAGCCAUUGCUUCGAGGCUUGGUGGGACCCAGAAAAUGCCAGGUUCUGCUGCCCAGGAUCAGAGCAGGUGGAAGGAGGACGGGAGAUGCAGUCGAGGGAAGGAUGGGAAGGGUGUUCUCAAGCACAGAGAUGUGCUCUUCAAGUCGUCCCGAUGCGUGGCGGCGCCAGGAUUGAGUGAGGGUCCAGAAGAGGAGGAGCUGGAGUUUGAGGUGGUGGUGGUUGGGAGGAGGAGGAAGAUCACAGGGACCCUUGUUGACACGCCCACGGCAACCCCAAGGGAAGGCAUGGGCCGUGCCGGGAGUGAUGGUGAGGAGGGUGUUUUGCAAGAAAGGGCGCAUGCUGCAAGUGAGUGGGAAAAACGUGCCCGUGGGCUAAAGCAUGAAGGGAGAAGCCGGCACGAGAAAGAGAAGACUGAAAAAACUCUGUUUGUCUGA